CAGCGUAACAGUGAGACAGACAUUAGCAGGAGGGACUGACGCGCUCGAUUCAUACGGAUCAGAACCCGCUGAAGCAAAAACCCAUGAAGGGAAACAAAAAGUUCUGCAGCUCCAACUGUGAACGGGACUUUAAAGCCGACUGAUCCCAGCAGGAGGAAGAGAAAAUUCCACCAAAACAAAGACUUCUUUCUUCUAAACUUUACCCGAUGACACAUCGUUUCAUUUCAUCUAGCUGCUUUUUGAGUGUGUAGAGAAGAUCUCAUUAGUCUUCACGCGGUAACAGAUUCAGUGUCAGAAAUGCUUCUUAUGUCAGCAGCAGUCAUCCCCGUCUUUCUUGUAGCUCUGGUUCUGAAUGUGGGUCCGGCCCGGAGCCAAGGUUCCUCCCAAGACACCUUCAUAAUCCAGUACCUGGAGAGGAGACUGGUCCAGAUGGAGGAGCGCCUGAAUCGAUGUGAGCAAAGCACACUGAGUGUGACCCAGAAGACCUAUGACCUCUCCUCUGAGAUUAGGAGUUACCUGUCCACGGUUAGUGUUCUGAGGUCAGAGGUGAAGAGUCACAUGGACAGUGCGGUGGCGCGUUUGGACCGGGUGGAAAGAGAGCUGGAGUAUCUGGAAAACAAAAUCCCGACCCAGUCCGACAUCGAGAUGGAGGAGGUUCUGCUGGAACAGCAGAUCAAAGCAGCAGAGCUUGAACAGAUGAAGAAGAAAGCCAAGAUCAAAGUGGAGAACGACUGCAGCAUGGCGCUGAGUCAGAUCAAAUCGCUCAAGAUUGUGAAGAAGACCGGAGACACCUACGGAUCCUGGUUCAAGGACCUGUCAGAUGGAUCAAAUAAGGUCUACGUGCUAAGUGGAAUUCGAAACAACACCCUUCUGGAGUACAGUUCCCUGCAAAGCUUUGCCGGCCGGAGCGCCACACCACCCGCUAAGGUGGUGCACCUUCCAUAUGAUUGGCAGGGGACAGGUCAUGUGGCCUUCAACGGAUUCCUGUACUACCACAAAGCCGACACUCCCAACCAGAUACUGAAGGUGGAAUUGCUGAACGCUACCGUCGUCGACAGCACACUGCUUCCAGGAGCAGGCCAACUGCCCGCCUACAGUCUGAACUCCAACACCUACCUGGACCUGGCUGUGGAUGAACUUGGUCUGUGGGUCAUCCAUGCUGACCCAGAAUAUGGAGGAAACCUGGUCAUCACCAAGCUGGACACAGGAAGCUUGUCGGUGGAGUAUACCUGGGACACACAGUGCAGAAGCCGAGACGCUGAAGGAGCCUUCAUAAUAUGUGGCACCCUGUAUGUGGUCUACAACACGCGCUACGGCGGACGCUCCACCAUACAGUGUCUCUACGACAUCCACGACACCGUCCACAGUAACGAGAGUCCUGUGCUGUUCUUCCCAAAGCGCUACACCAGCCACAGCAGCAUCCACUACCACCCGAAAGACAAGCAGCUGUACGCCUGGGACGAUGGCUACCAGACUGUCUACAAAGUGGAGACGCGCCGGAAUGACCAAGUUGCCAUCGAAUCACUUUAAACCACCGAGGAGGUUGUGUUGUGGCUUUUUGGUUGGUUGGUUUAUUUGGUCAUCAGCAGAUUUACACAAAAGUAUCUGGGCUGAUUUUCAUAAAUUGUAUGGAGGGGGCGGGUCUUAAGUCCAUUAAGCUGUGCUGUAUAUUCAAAUGUAUUUCCCUCUUUUUUAUUAUUAUUAUUAUGCCGUUAAAGGGCUGGUGGGCAUGUGCACUCUACUGCAUUCCCAUCUAGUUUACAGACUUCAGUGUAAGUACACUCUAAAAGAUUAAACAUUAUAUUUACUUAAUCUAGUUAAGUCAACUUGUCCCACAAACCUUUGGUGUCAAAAUGGGAAAAAACAAAUUGUAGCAAUUAGUUACAAUUAAUCACGUAUUAGUUUAGUGGGUCCAGUUGAUAAAGCUAGAUUAAGUUAUCAUAACUCUUGUUUUUUAGAGUGCAGUCCCUUGACUCUUGGCGGAUGUACGUAUGUGCUCUGAGUUGUGCUUUUUAUCUGACAAUUUCCUCCGUAGAAUGUUUUGAAAAGUCUUUUUUUUUUUUACCCUGUGUGCGAAGCAGGGUAUUGUAAUUGGUUGUGUGUGUGUGUCUAUGAACAAGAUAACUGAAAAACGCCUAGGCGACUUUUCAGCAAAGUCAGUGUGAGUAUCACUUGGGUAGAUAUCUCAAGAUGAUUAACAUUUGGAGAGGACUGGAUAAAGGUCAAGAACAAGAUGAACAAAAAAAAAAAAAAAAAAUGGUGCGAAAAACAUUUUCUACUAUAUCUCCUAAGCCAAUAGGGCUAGAGAGAUUCUCUAAAUUUUAUAUUUUUAUCGACCUCAAGGUUCGAUCACAAUAUGGUUUUGAGUCAUUGAGUUAUUGUCUGUAUUGAUCUUAAAACUUUAGAGGGAAAAAUGUUGGAAUUUGAGUUGGAGGGAAUAUGCUGUGCCUUGGUUGAACAAUGAGCUCUACUGAGUGCCCAUGCGGUUAGUAAAAUGUAAUCAUGAUCAAGUUAUACAAGAGAAAUGGAGUCCAUUUAUGAUGUUUUGGUGUCCACUUGGUGGCAGUCUUUGAUGACUUUAUCAGUGUAAAAUCACAUCCAACCAAAAGGCUUAUUUUUCACAGUUUCGCUUUCAUAUUUUCUAUCACCACAAUAAAAAGCAUUGAAGUGUCAUUAAA